GGCGGCGGCGGCGGCGGCGCCAUGUCGAUGGAGGACCCCUUCUUCGUGGUCAAGGGGGAGGUGCAGAAAGCUGUCAACACAGCCCAAGGGCUCUUCCAGAGGUGGACAGAGCUCUUGCAAGAUCCCUCCAUCGCCACAAGAGAAGAAAUUGACUGGACCACUAAUGAGCUCAGAAACAACCUGCGGAGCAUCGAGUGGGACCUGGAAGACUUGGACGAAACAAUUAGCAUCGUCGAGGCAAACCCGCGCAAGUUCAACCUCGAUGCGACAGAGCUGGGCAUCAGGAAAGCCUUCAUCACAAGCACGCGGCAGGUGGUCAGGGAAAUGAAGGAUCAGAUGUCAAACUCCUCCAUGCAAGCACUGGCUGAAAGGAAAAACAGGCAGGUGCUGCUGGGAGAAAGCGGGAGUCAGAGCUGGAGCGCUGGACCUGACAAGUACAGCCGCCUGGACCGGGAGCUGCACUUAGCUAACUCACACUUCAUCGAGGAGCAGCAAGCUCAGCAACAGCUGAUUGUGGAGCAGCAAGAUGAGCAGUUGGAGCUGGUCUCUGGCAGCAUCGGGGUGCUGAAGAACAUGUCCCAGCGCAUCGGCGGGGAGCUGGAGGAGCAGGCAGUGAUGCUGGACGACUUCUCCCACGAGUUGGACAGCACUCAGUCGCGGCUCGACAACGUCAUGAAGAAGCUCGCCAAAGUGUCUCACAUGACAAGCGAUCGAAGGCAGUGGUGUGCAAUUAUCAUCCUCUUUGUCAUCUUACUGGUGGUGCUCAUCCUGUUUUUCGUCCUGUGAACCUGCUCAGACGCUCCGUCUCCGCCCCUGGCCCCGCAGCGCGGGGAACUGAAACUCUUCGCCGUUUCCGUCCGCCCACAGACAUCCCCGGCAAGAAAACCCGCAGCCAGCUCUCGCCGUUCUCCUCGGAGGACCACAGCGCGGCGCCUCCACCGCUGUCUCACCUGGCCCCAGGGAGAGCAGGGGGGAGGACUGGAGCCGCCUCCUCCCCUGCUGCGGUAUGAGCUGGACCUAGGCUCCAGGUCUGGACUUGGGCAGCUGGAGGGGGACUUGACCCUCCACGUUUCCACCCCUUGCAGGUAGGAGCCGGUUGCAGCAAUGCCGAGCUGCCUGCAGUUGGAUGCGGACCCAGAGCAGCAAGCCCUGGGGAGGAAUUAAUGAAUUCCCUGAGCAUUACAAACCACAUUGCCAGCCAAAAGCAUUAUCUGGGAGUUGGGGGGAGAGCAGUGGCCUGAGACCCCACACAGCAAAGGCCAGGGAGGGGAGCCCUAGCUGAACUGCCCCUGCCCCAAGCUGCCUUCCUUCCACGACUUGCUGCGGCGUUGGCAGUCACAUCCAGCACCCCUUGGCAGGAGCCGACACAUAGGGUGUAGUGUCCUGCCAGCAGCAGGCACGGUUAGAAACCCCAGAGCUUGAAAGUCAGGUGGGUGCCUGCUGAAAGCUGGCAAACAACUGCUAGCCAGAGAGUGAGUGAGUUCAAAAGCUUUUCAGCUUGCCUCCUUCGUUAUACAAGCCUCCAGAGCUCAUCGACUGAUGCUUUCUUUGCCCUUGUAUAACUGAGCAACCGCUUCUCUUUAACAGCUGCUGCUUCCCUUGGCAAGUGAUUUGUCAGGUCUAAAAUAACUUAUUUUCUUUUUUUUUAAGGAAAAAAGGAACUUAAAAACUUGUUAAAGGUUCUUUUUGCUGACCACUGAAGCCACGUUCUCUCUGUGUAGCAUCAGAGGAACGGGGCUCAGUGAUGUGUUUGAAGUGCAUAUGAACUUGUAAAUAGGACGUCUUCAUCUUUCCCAGCUGCUGUCUUUUGGACACCUCUGUUGUGAGCAGCUAAAAGGCAGGAGGUUCAAAGGCUAGGUCCUGGUUUCCAUGUUACCCCUCAAGCUCUUUUGUUAACUUAGAGCUGUUUGUCACUAGAGUUGUCUCAGCUGUGUUGGGUGGCCCACUCAGAUGGUGAACUAGGAGUUAGCUGGGGCAGGUCAUACCAAGAAGAAAGCUCACCUUGGCUGCAUUGGUGGAAUGUAGAGGGAGGGGUUUGUGCUACAAACAGAUUGCAGGGUUUGGGGUGGACUCUUCAGGAAAGCAGAGACAAUUUCUUACUCAAACCUGCUCCGUAUUGAAGUUGCAGGCACUGAAAGAUACAGGACAGGCUGGCUUACACCUCCCACCUGAGUGUCAGAUGGGGCUGGGAGAGGAAGUUAAUUGGUGCUGAUGCUGAGACUUAGGUUGAAAUCACAACUGACCCCCAAAACCCCCAUCCUCCUUGAGCAGAAAGCUCACCACCAGCCAGCUUUACAGCAUCACAGAAUCAGCCAGGUUGGAAAAGAUCUUCAAGAUCAUCAAGUCCAACCUAUCAACCAACAUUAGCUGAUUAGAUAAAACCAUGGCACCAAGUGCCACAUCCAGUCUCUUUUAAACACUUCCAGGGAGGGGAUUCCACCACUUCCCCUGGCAGCCCAUUCCAAUGCCAAUCACUCUUGCUGUGAAGAACUUCUUCCUAACAUCCAACCUAGACCUCCCCUGUCACAGCCUGAGACUCUGUCCCCUCGUUCUGUCACCUCCAGGCUGCCUCGCCUACACUGAACACCUCUCCCCUUUGAGUUUGUGGCUUCCUUCAAGCAACAUGACCCCCCCAACCUCGUCCUCCAUACAGGCACUGUGCCUUCUGCAGCUCAGCAGGGCAACAGGCUGCCCUGCCAGGCUGCUCUCCAUUAGCACACACCUCAGUGCCCACUCACACUGAUGAUGUCAGCAGUUGCUCCUUGGCCGUGUAGAGCACCUCGUGUCUGUUGGUUGUGCGGCAGGAACCAAGGUGGUGUCUGCUUUUCAGGGCUGGCUGCAGCUCCUUGGGCUCAGUAGCCCUGCAGGAGCAGGUUCCUGGGAGCAGGGCUCGUCGGCUGGUGCUUGCACACCGGCCAGCCCCGCGCUACACUCAGUGGGGCCGUGCGUCCUCGACUCCCCGUGCUCCGUGUGGCGUCACUCCUUGGAUGGAGAGCGGCCUGGCCGCUGGGGUCCCCGCAGGCCACCAAACUGCCUCUGCUCCCUUGUGUACAUUUGCUUUUUCUGUUGGUGGUGGUGCCCUAACACUAAAUAAAUGCCUUGCUGCUGCCUGGAGCGGCGCGGCAGGCACCGCCGCUC